GACCUCACGCCCCUCCCUCUCUCUCCUACAACACCAACCGCAAUCAUGUCUGACGGCGAAAUCGAGGUCGAGAGCCCUUCCGGCUACGCCGUGCUCCCCAAGGAGGUCACCGAGGAGAUUGGCAGCAUCAAGCUGUUCAACAAGUGGUCAUACGAGGAGGUCGAGGUCCGCGACAUCUCCCUGACCGACUACAUCCAGAUCCGCUCGCCCGUCUACAUCUCACACUCCGCCGGCCGAUAUGCUGUCAAGCGAUUCAGGAAGGCGCAGUGCCCCAUCAUUGAGCGUCUCACCAACUCGCUCAUGAUGAACGGCCGCAACAACGGAAAGAAGCUGAUGGCUGUGCGCAUUGUUGCCCACGCUUUCGAGAUCGUCCACAUCAUGACCGACCAGAACCCCAUCCAGGUCGCCGUCGACGCCAUCGUCAACUGCGGACCCCGCGAAGACUCCACCCGUAUCGGAAGCGCCGGUACCGUCCGUCGCCAGGCCGUCGAUGUGUCUCCCCUCCGCCGUGUCAACCAGGCUAUCGCGCUCCUCACCAUCGGUGCCCGCGAGGCCUCGUUCCGAAACGUCAAGAGCAUUGCCGAGUGCUUGGCUGAGGAGCUGAUCAACGCUGCCAAGGGAAGCAGCAACUCGUACGCGAUCAAGAAGAAGGACGAGCUGGAGCGUGUCGCCAAGUCCAACCGAUAAGGAAGUGUGCUGGUGGUACUUGGUGUCUCGGAGGAGUUUUUUCGAAUCGGGGUCUGGUCUCUACUGGACGGAUACGGAUGGAGGAUCUUAUGCGUGCAUGGCAAGGGUCUUCUAGGCGAAUAAACACCGACUUCAUGGUUGCAUGACAAAAUGGACAAUUCGAUACAAUCUGUUCGCUUGUUGUGCUGUUCGUGAGGAGACGUCGUGUCCGUAGUUGCGAAAGAGGACGUCGUCUCCAGGCCAGUCUGGCUGUAGGCUGUUUAUGCCUUGGGCGAGAUGAGGCCUCGAAGUAUCCCGCCCAAAGCAGGAGACGUG